AUGGAUGCGCUGGAGGUUGAUUCCCCCAAGAUUUUAGUUUCGAGGACUGAUGAUUGCGAAAGGGAAGUAGGCGGGCAGGAGGCCAGGUGUGUGCCAUCCUCCAAUACUUUUGCUGUAUUGCAAGCACUUGCAGACAAGGAGUUCCAGGAUUUUGAGCGCACCCCGUCCAGGUCUGAGGCUCAUGCUCCAACAACUAGGCCGAAACACAGAAGGCAGUACUCGGACGGGGAUAUACCAGGUGAAGUGGCACAAUGGGCUAACCUUAAGGAGUUUCAUAGGGUGUUGCAUCAACGAUUGUCGCCUGAUCAGAUGGCAACGGGAGGGAUGCUGGACGGGGUGCAGGGUGCUGCGGCGCAGGUGGAGCAGCAAGAAGCCGUGGGGAAAGUUCUUCUAGAACCAUUGUCGGAUACACCGCAGCUGGAGGUGGUUCGCCGGUUUCUAGGUUUCGACAGAGCGUCGGUAGCAUUGAAUAAUAAGGUAUGGGUUUUUUGGUACGAUGAGUUGUCAUUGUGCUUCAGGGAGAUGGCCGAGCAACUCCUUCAUAUGGGCAUUUCUUUUCCGUCUGGUUGCUCGAUUCAGCUUUCGGCUGUAUAUGCACGGUGCUCGAGGGUGGGGCGACGCGACCCAUGGGCAGCAAUGGAAGAAUUGGCGGGCUCCGUGCGGGGGCCUUGGUUACUGGCAGGGGAUUUCAAUGUCAUUACCACUGUGGAGGAACGAGCGGGUGGUUCUCCAGCCAAUGCACGGAACAUUGAGGAAUUUAACGCGGCCAUUGGCACCUAUGGUUUAGCGGAGGUUCCUUUUGAUGGGUCGUUAUUUACAUGGACGAAUGGUAGGAUGUGGCAGAGAUUGGAUAGGGCUUUGAUGAAUCGGGAUUGGGCUGAGGGUUACGAUCUCUCCCAUGUGUCUCAUUUGUCCAGAGGGCGUUCGGAUCAUGCUCCGCUGGUUAUUACUGCCAACAAUGGAAGAAAAGGGAAAAGUUCUUUUAAAUUUUUAAAUGUAUGGCAGAGGCAUUCAGGUUUUAUGGAGGUGGUCCGCCAGGGUUGGGCGAUGCCCGUGGAGGGGCUGGGUAUGCCGAAGUUCCAUAAUAAAUUGUGGGCGGUAAAAGGCUGUCUGCAAACAUGGAAUGUACAGGUCUUUGGUAAUGUUUUUAACAAAGUGAAGGAGGCUGAGGCUGUUAUGAAACAAAGGGAGGAACAUUUUGACAAGGAGAGGGAUUCAGUUUCCAGAGCAGAACUGCAGGAGGCAAAGGCGGCUUAUGCAAGGAGCUUGGCAGUGGAGUGUGAGUACCGGAGACAAAAGUCGGGCAUCAAAUGGUUGCAGGUUGGGGAUGCUAAUUCGGCAUACUUCCAUUCUCGUUGCCGCCAACGCCGAAGUUAUAAUUUUGUGGCCCGCAUUAAAGAGCAAUCUGGAGCAAGGCUGGAGGAUAUACAUGAUAUUAGGCGGUCAGCCGUGGGGUUCUUCUCCUCCUUGUUCGCAUCUGAGCAACACGGUUUUCUCCCUCCAGCACUUCCGUUUUCGCUCCCUCAAUUAACGUCGGCAGAUAAUGACAGGUUAGGUGCCUUGCCUGGAAUGGAAGAGUUGAAGGGGGUGGUCUUUGCUUUGGAUGCAGAUAGUGCUCCGGGUCCGGAUGGGUUUGGGGCAGGUUUUUACCAGGUGUGCUGGGAUAUUAUUAAUUCUGAUUUAUUGGAGGCGGUACAGGCCUUUUUCCAAGGUAUGCGGCUGCCUAGGUGCUUUACUAGCACUUCCAUCAUUUUAUUGCCUAAGGUGGCGGGUGCUGGGCAAUGGAAAGAUUUCCGGCCAAUAAGUCUUUGCAACGUCUGCUCGAAAAUUAUUUCCAAGCUCGUCUCGGAUAGGUUGGCUACGGUUCUCCCUACCUUAAUAUCCCCGUGGCAGACAGGGUUUGUGCCAGGUCGGGGGAUAACGGACAACAUUCUUCUUACUCAGGAGUUGGUGGUGGAUCUGGAUAGGCGGUUGAGGCACCCAAAUCUUAUGCUAAAAUUGGAUAUGGAAAAGGCGUAUGACAGGGUCGAAUGGCCUUUUCUUUUGUUUAUGCUUCGGAAGUUUGGAUUUGCUGAACAUGUGGUUGACAUUAUUUUUCGCUUGGUGUCUAAUAAUUGGUUUUCUGUCUUGGUGAAUGGAGAGCCUUCUGGAUUUUUUAAGUCCACGAGGGGGGUUAGGCAGGGUGACCCGGUUUCUCCUGGCCUUUUUGUGUUAAUUGCGGAGUUUUUAGGCCGUGGGCUGCACCAUCUCCUGGAUAGUCAGCCGCACAGGCGGUUUGUUUCAGCAGGGACAGUAGUCCCCUACCUGGCCUUCGCCGAUGACAUGCUCAUUUUCACAAGAUGUUCAGAGGAGUGCUUGUCUGCGCUCAAGGGUUUUCUUUCGGACUAUCAAGAAGCAUCAGGACAGAGAGUAAAUGUCACCAAGAGUUCUUUUUUCUUGCCGUCAUGGGCUUCUCCGGGCCAGGAGCAGUUGGUACAUAGGGGUCUGGGGUUCAACAGGCAGACAUUUCCUUUCACCUAUUUGGGGGCUCCUAUUUAUAAAGGCCGGCGUUGUGGUAUCUUGUUUGAUGGAAUUGUUUCCAAAAUGAGGAGUCGUCUUGAACAUCGGAGCACGAAUUUGCUAUCUUUUGGGGGUAAGCUUGUAUUAGCACGGCAUGUCCUUGCUUCGCUGCCCAUGUAUUUACUUCAGGUGUUGGAUCCUCCCAAGGCUGUGCUCACUAGGCUGGGCGUACUUUGUAAUUCCUUUCUAUGGGACCAGAACGGGGAGAGGCGCAUUCAUUGGUCCUCCUGGGAUAAUUUAUGCUUUCCUGUUGACGAAGGGGGCCUGGGUUUCCGCUCUUUCAGGGACAUGGCGCGAGCUUUCUCCGCUAAAUUGUGGUGGCGGUUCAGGCUGGGAACUUCUGUUUGGGCAGAAUUCAUGCACGCCAAAUAUGUCAACGGUUGUCAUCCAGCGGACGCGGCACCCGUGCGACCUUCGGCGAUUUGGAGGCGUCUUCAGGCGAUACGUCCCAUGGUUGAGCCGAGCAUUAGGUGGUGUUUAGGGGAUGGUUUGGUGGAUUUUUGGAAAGAUCGCUGGGUCCUUCAUGAGCCUUUGGAGAGUGUGGUGGUUCGGCCUGAUCAUCCUCACUUCCUUGUCUCCAAAUUUAUUACGUUGGAUGGGUGGGAUGAAUUGCGUCUUGCCCAGUGGGUCCCGAGUUUUGUCAUCCAGGCUAUCAAGGACACGCCAUUCGACGUAUCUCAGAAAGAUAGGAUGGUUUGGCUACCUUCUCCGACGGGUUGCUUCUCGGUUAAGUCGGCAUGGGAGGUGCUCCGACAAAGGAGGCAGUAUUCCUUGGUUGACUCACUGCUAUGGUCUUCGGUGUUGCCAAUGAAAAUGUCGUUUCUCGCUUGGAGAGUGAUGCGCAAUUUCCUACCUUUGGAUGUGACUUUACGGUCGAGAGGUUUGUCUUGUCCCUCUAGAUGUGGUUGCUGUUAUCUGGAGGAGGAAGACCUUUUGCAUGUCUUCUUUAAGGGCCCGGUGGCCUCCGAGGUGUGGCGGAGGAUGUCUGCCCGUUUUGGUUUUCGAUUAUCCAAUUGCUUGGGCAUGGCAUCAGUUUUUAAAGCGUGGUAUUGGACGGCAGCAAUUCCUUCGAAGGACCAUAUUCGGACGUUUAUGCCAGUUGUAGUGUGCUGGUUUCUUUGGUCUGCCAGGAACCAGGAGCGUUUCCGCGGCGUCCAUUGGGGGAGUGACAGGGUCAUCUGCGAGGUAGACCAGUUCUUGGAGGGGCUUGGGAAGGCUAAUUUGUUUCAUCGGUCGCACUUCAACGGCGAUGUCGAUUGUGACUUACUUCGUUUGGUUACCACGCCGCGGCGGCGGAGGAUCCCUCGGGCGGUUAUGUGGGAAAAGCCGCCUUUUGGUUUGCUUAAAUUGAACUCGGACGCCAGUGUGAAGCAUGGCAGGGCCACGGGUGGGGGGCUAGUCCGGGAUUAUCAGGGAAAAAUGAUUUUUGCUUUUUACAAAGAAUUCGGGGACUACAAUGUGUUGGAGGCAGAAGGUCUGGCUUUACUGUUUGGUUUGCAGUUGUGUUCACAACGGGGGCUUCGCCCUUCGUUGGUUGAAGUGGAUUCUAAAGCCUUGGUGCAGUUGGUUGUCUCUGGGGUACUUGCUAAGUGGCCCUUAUGUAAUUGCUUGAGGAAAAUUAGGAGCCUUCUAGAGGGUUUUUCAGCCACUAUCGCGCAUGUGUUCCGUGAGGCCAACUCGGCGGCAGACAGGCUAGCGGAGAUGGGAGCAAUAGGAGUCACGGAAUAUGACCAGUUCCAGGAAUUGCCGGCAAUCGUCCGGGCCUCGGUUGUGCUAGACUCACGGAGUGUGCCUGGGGUUCGUUGGAUUAGCGAAGGGGUUUAG